AUGGUGCGCAUCAUCCCAACACGGCUCAAAUCGACCUCUCGAUCCUCCUCUUCUUCCUCCACAACCAUACACUCCGUCAGCAACACCAACGGAAGAACCAAAAACAACCGCAGCAACAGUCCUCCCAUGCGCUCGAAAAAUGAUAGCACGAGCCCUUCGAGGGACGCUGGAAAUGGUCUGGCCCUCAGAGUUUAUAUUAUAAAGGGAAAAGACCUUGCAGCCAAAGAUCGAAGCGGCACAUCCGAUCCUGUAAGUCCCUCUCCCAACACCGUGGCCCCAAUACUGACAGUUGACCUUCAGUACCUCGUUCUUUCUAGCGGCGACUCUCGAAUCGUAACCAACGAUGUCCCAAAGACUCUUAACCCAGAGUGGAACGUCACCGAGGAAAUUCCCCUCACAUCUGUCCAGAACUUGGUCCUGGAUGUCAUCUGCUGGGACAAGGACCGCUUUGGAAAAGAUUACAUGGGCGAGCUCGAUCUCGCUCUCGAAGAGAUCUUCAACAACGACAAGGUGGAACAGGAACCUACCUGGUACCGUCUCAAGAGCAAGCGUCCCGGCAAGAAGACGAGUGUUGUCUCUGGCGAAGUCCAGUUACAGUUUUCCCUCUUCGACUCGACGAACCCGUCAGCGACACCACAGCAAAUCCUCGAAAAGUUCCAAGCCCUUGUAGGAACUGCCCCCGCUGGCUCUCGAAACGUAACACCCUCGAUGACACCGAACUUGGCCCCCACAGGCUCCCAGUCCGCCCCCAACCCUCAGGACAGCCCCAGUGAUGAUGACGAUGACAAUUUCGAUGAAGACGACUCCGACGAGGUUGAUGAGGAUGAAGGUGAACAAGAUGCUACCAAGCGCAAGCGCCGACUUCGAAUUCGAGGACUGAAGAAGAGGAGGCGCAACAACCCUUAUGCCUUUGCCAGCAGUGGCUCCGACGUUGUUGGAAUCAUCUAUCUUGAGGUCAUCAAGAUCACAGACCUGCCUCCCGAAUCCAACCUUACACGCACAAGCUUCGAUAUGGACCCGUUCGUUGUGGCAUCCCUCGGCAAGAAGACAUACCGCACUCGACGCAUUCGUCAUGACCUCAACCCUGUCUAUAACGAGAAGAUGCUGUUCCAUAUCCAAAGUCACGAGCAGCAAUACUCCUUCGCUUUUACUGUCAUCGACCACGAUAAAUACUCCGGUAACGAUUUCAUUGCCUCGUGCGAUCUUCCAAUCCACCAAUUGAUCGAGAGAGCCCCCAAAGCAAACCCCGAAACCGGACUCUAUGAUCUCCAAGUCCCUGCACAGGCCGAGCCGCUUCCUUCGCGAUCGCGGUUCAAGAAGCUCGCCAUGUCACGAUCCAACUCUUCCUCCAGUAUCAGCAAGAUGAUUCGUCCCCCACUGAGCAAGCACGCCUCCAACACGAGCAUGGCAUCAGCGACUCCUGCCCCUGCGCCCACCUCAGCACCCGACCCUAACAAGCUGGCACCCGCGGAUGUCCUCGCCAAUACUGGUUCUGAUCCUGACUCGACCAACCAGGACAGCGGAGAUGCCGACUUUUAUGAGUAUAACGUUCCUCUGAAGAUGAAGAACACCGAAAAGUGGGAGAAGAAGCACAAUCCCGUUCUAUACCUCCGCGCGAAGUACAUGCCAUAUGAUGCCCUCCGACAGCAGUUCUGGCGAGCCAUGCUUCGGCAAUAUGAUGCCGAUGAGAGUGGUCGCAUCAGCAGAAUCGAGCUCACAACAAUGCUUGAGUCUCUGGGUUCUACGCUUACCGAGAAUACCAUCGAUGGCUUUUUCAAGCGAUUCCCCCACCGUGAUGCUGAUAACGACGAGAACUGGGAGCUUACGAUGGACGAGUGCGUUAUCUGCUUGGAGGACCAGUUGGAAGGACGAAGGCGAUCCUCAGGCACAACUGCAGAUAAACUAAAGGGUUUGGUGCCCGAGAUGAAGAACCUCCUCCACGUGCCAGGUCAUGGACAUAACAACAACGGUGGCUCAGAGACCCCCAGCGUUCUAGAACUCGACUCGACAUCGGGAACUCAGACUCCCAUCUCAAAUGUCCCUACUCUGAAGACACCUGCAGAUGAGGAGGGCGAUCCCCUCGACAAGUCAGACAGCAGUGACGACCGUUCUGAAGAGCAUGUCGUAGAGAUCCGAGAAUGUCCUAUCUGUCACCAGCCGCGACUCAACAAGCGCAAGGAUGCUGACAUCAUCACCCAUAUCGCGACAUGCGCAAGCCAAGACUGGAGGCAAGUCAAUAGCGUGCUAGUGGGCGGAUUUGUCACAGCCAGCCAGGCGCAGCGCAAGUGGUACUCGAAGGUCAUUACCAAGAUCUCUUACGGCGGUUACAAGCUGGGUGCCAACUCGGCCAAUAUCCUUGUGCAAGAUCGUCUCACGGGGCAGAUCAACGAGGAGAAGAUGAGUGUUUAUGUAAGACUCGGCAUUCGUCUGCUGUACAAGGGGCUCAAAUCUCGAGAUAUGGAGAACAAGCGAAUCCGAAAACUGCUCAAAAAUCUGAGUAUCAAGCAGGGUAAGAAGUUUGACGAUCCUGCGUCCAAGGAUGAGAUUGAGAAGUUCAUUGCUUUCCAUGGUCUCGACAUGUCGGAAGUCCUGUUGCCGUUGGAGGAGUUCAACAACUUCAAUGAGUUCUUCUACCGCGCCCUGAAGCCUGGUGCUCGACCCUGCUCUGCGCCCGACAACCCUCACAUUAUCGUCUCACCAGCCGAUUGUCGAAGCGUCGUCUUCAACUCUAUCACUGUCGCUACCAAGAUUUGGGUCAAGGGUCGUGAGUUUAACAUGAAGAGGCUUCUCGGCGACGCCUACCCUGAGGAUGUGUCCCGGUUUGAGGGCGGAGCUCUGGGCAUCUUCCGACUGGCUCCUCAGGAUUAUCAUCGCUUCCACAUCCCUGUGGACGGUGUCAUGGGCAAGCCCAAGACGAUUGAGGGUGAAUACUAUACAGUGAACCCCAUGGCUAUCCGAUCCGCUCUGGACGUUUACGGAGAGAACGUGAGAGUUCUCGUGCCAAUUGACAGUGAACAACAUGGACGCGUCAUGGUUAUUUGCGUCGGUGCAAUGAUGGUAGGGAGCACUGUCAUUACCCGCCAGGAGGGCGAGAGAGUCCACCGAGCAGAAGAGCUUGGAUACUUCAAGUUUGGUGGCAGCACGAUCCUGCUGCUUUUUGAACCUGGACGAAUGGUGUUCGACGAUGAUCUUGUCGACAAUAGCAAGGAUGCACUUGAAACUCUGGUCCGAGUUGGCAUGUCUGUUGGCCACACGCCUAGUGAGCCACAGUGGACUCCUGAUAUGCGAAAGAAGGCAGAGAACAUCACGGAAGCGGACAAGAGAGCUGCCAAGAGACGAAUCCAGGGCAACGUAGCCUUGCAGGAGUCUCCAGAUGGUAGUGGAGAGGAAGAGCAGCCAUCAAGAUUAACAUCCAAGCCCACCAUCGAUACAAUGGCUGCGUCGGCGAUGUAG